CCUAACCCCGUUUUUUUCCGACACCAAAAUCUUGGUUAAACCUCAGAGUUCUCAAACACACUACCGUUCACUCCGAACGCCACCAAAAGAAUUCAUGGGGUCGGUGAGUUUCGCCUCACUGUUCGCCAAUGGUUGCCGGAGUUUUAACUCCCGGCCGGUGGUCGUCGUGCGCUCCUUAGGACUCCGACUCUCUCAUGUCUCUCUCCCUCAACACUCCAACAAGCUUCUUCAGGUCGGUUGGAAUUCCCACAGCCCAAAUAAAAGACCCUUUGCUUGUCAAUCCACGACGACAGAUGUUGCCCAGAUUAAUCCGGCUUCUUCUCUAAACUGUUAUCCAAAAUAUGAUCGCUUGCUUCCAUGUCCCUCACACAAUUUGCCUCCAAGAGUUGAGCACUUGGUUGUCACAGAAGAAGGGCGUGUUCUGGAUUAUAUUUGUAAAGCUCUGGAUCUUCCUCCUCUGUUUGUUGCAGAUCUCAUCCAUUUUGGAGCUGUGCAUUAUGCCCUCGUAUGUCCAAAGCCUCCUCCAACUGCAACCCCAGAGCAAAUAAAGGUGUUUAAAGAAGUCACUGCGCCAUCUGUUUUGAGAAAGAGAGCUUCCAUCAAAGGAAAAACAGUACGGGAAGCCCAGAAGACAUUUCGGAUAACCGACAGGGAACAGUUUGUCGAAGCUGGAACAUACUUGCGUGUACAUGUACACCCAAAGCGGUUUCCCAGGUGCUAUGAAAUUGACUGGAAGUCGAGAAUAAUAGCUGUGGCUGAAUCCUAUAUUGUUUUGGACAAACCUGCUGGUACAUCAGUAGGAGGAACCACAGACAACAUUGAAGAAACUUGUGCGACCUUUGCAAGUCGUGCCUUGGGAUUAACAACCCCAUUGAGGACUACACAUCAGAUUGAUAAUUGUACAGAGGGAUGUGUUGUGUUAGCUAGGACCAAGGAAUAUUGCUCAGUUUUUCAUGGAAAAAUCAGAGAGAAAACAGUGAAGAAGCUAUAUCUUGCUCUGGCUGCUGCUCCUUUGCCAACUGGAAUAAUUACUCACUACAUGCGUCCAAUUAAUAUGGCUCCAAGACUCAUUUCAGAAGGCGUUGCAGAUUUUGUUGAAGGGUGGUACCUUUGUAAACUAGAGAUCAUUGAAUGCAGAAAGAUUCCCUGGCCAAAUAGUGUAACUGAAAAUAAAUAUUGUAUUGAAGAUUCUCAUUGGCCCUCAAAAGAUUACGCAUUUGAGUGUAAGAUCAACCUUUUGACUGGUCGGACUCACCAGAUUCGAGCACAGUUAGCAGCCUGUGGUGCACCGAUAGUGGGUGAUUCAACAUACAUGCCGGCUGCACUUGUGGAGAUAACCAGUCCAGGAGUGAACCCAUUUGGAAAACAUAGGAAACUUUAUUCAAGUGAGGAUGACAAAGAAAUGGCCAUAACAGAGUGGAUUGCACGGCAUGGAAAGGAACCAAGUGUUUCCAUUGGUCUUCAAGCAUGUCAGAUAUCAUGGGAUGAUGGACAACACAUCUAUGAGGCUGGAGCUCCUUGGUGGAGAAGACAAGAAACUUGAAGUAGGAGAAUUAGAAUAUUAUAGAUCAAGUGCAAAGUCUGCUUUCUCAUUUUAAGGUGAUUGUACCCAACAUCCUAAGCUUGUAUGGUGAUAUCAGAUAUGCAAUACCGAAGAGGUAAGCAUUAAGUGCCUGACAUGUAAGGUAAACAGCAGUCAUUUCAUUUUUUCCGUAUACACAUAUGCAAGCAUGUAACAAAAAGUAUGUUCGCAAUUCUCUCCAAAUUUUACUGAGUAACCAGUGUA